CAUCUUCCGCUUCCAAUACGUCUGGCGAAUCGGUGAUUCAAACUACACCAAUUACUGGAAACAAGCGAACCAAGUCACCGUCUCCAACAACAACAACCAAACGUCGGCAAACCCGAUCGCAAACUGUGUCACCAUCACAAAUCCCCGCUAAAUUACUAAGUGAAACUACACCACAUUCAUAA